AUGGCGAGUCGGACCGAGCCCAGCGGCUGCUCCGGGCGCGGCGGCGGCGGGGUCCCCGGCAUCCUCCCGCUGCUGCUGCUGCUCGCCGCCGCCGCGCUCGUCCCCAGAGGUGAUGGACAGAACUUGGUUACUGAAGAUGUGACAGUAGUGGAGGGAGAAGUUGCCACCAUCAGUUGUCGAGUCAAAAACAGUGAUGACUCAGUGAUUCAGCUACUGAAUCCCAACAGACAGACGAUUUAUUUCAAAGACUUCAGGCCUUUGAAGGACAGCAGGUUUCAGUUAGUGAAUUUCUCUAACAGUGAACUCAGAGUGUCGUUGACAAAUGUCUCCGUUUCUGAUGAAGGAAGAUACUUCUGCCAGCUCUACACCGAUCCCCCACAGGAAAUUUAUACCACUAUGACGGUGCUUGUCCCACCACGCAAUUUGGUGAUUGAUAUCCAGAAAGACAUUGCCACUGAAGGAGAGGAGAUUGAGUUGAACUGCACUGCCAUGGCCAGCAGACCAGCCACCAAAAUCAGAUGGUUCAAAGGGAACAAGGAGCUAAGGGGCAAAUCUGAAGUGGAGCAAUGGUCUGAUAUGUUCACUGUGACUAGUCAGCUUUUGCUGACCGUGGGGCGCGAGGACGAUGGGGUCCCUGUCAUCUGCCUGGUAGAUCACCCCGCUGUCAAAGACUUACAGACCCAGCGCUACCUAGAAGUAAUAUAUAAGCCUCAAGUGCGGGUUUUACAGAAUUACCCACUGCAAGGUCUAACGAGAGAAGGGGAGCCACUCGAACUGACAUGCACAGCUUUUGGAAAGCCACAGCCUACGGAAGUGAAAUGGUUAAGAGUAGAUGAUGAGAUGCCUCAACACGUUGUAGUGUCGGGUUCAAACCUUCUCAUUAAUAACCUAAACAAAACAGAUAAUGGUACAUACCGCUGUGAGGCUUCAAAUGCGGUGGGGAAAUCAUCUGCGGAUUACAUGCUGUUUGUAUACGAUCCCCCCACAACUAUCCCUCCUCCCACAACAACCACCACCACCACCACCCCUACCACCAUCACAGACACAACGGCGACGACAGAACCGGCAGUUCACGGCUUUACUCGGUUGCCAAAUUCCGCAGAGGAACUGGACUAUGGGGAUCUCUCAGAUUCUCGAGCAGGUGAUGAAGGGUCCAUAAGGGCCGUGGACCAUGCGGUGAUCGGCGGGGUCGUGGCCGUGGUGGUGUUCGCAAUGCUUUGCCUGCUCAUCAUUUUAGGGCGAUACUUUGCAAGACAUAAAGGUACAUACUUCACUCAUGAAGCCAAAGGAGCAGAUGAUGCAGCGGACGCAGACACAGCUAUAAUCAAUGCAGAAGGAGGACAGAACAACUCUGAAGAAAAGAAAGAGUACUUCAUCUAG